AUGGAACUUUCUUUCUUUUGUAUAUUUGUUUUGAAGUUCCGGAAUUUAGAGGUAGCUGUAAAGCUCGCCAAGGGAAGUUUGAAGGGGCAUAGAAAAUGGCUAAGGGAGGCGACUCUUCUUGGAGUGGUCGAGCAUCCGAAUCUUGUGAGACUAAUUGGUUACUGUGUAGAAGAUGAUGAAACGAAAACACAACGGAUUCUAGUAUACGAAUAUAUGCCUAAUGGAAGCGUGGACCAUCGUUUAUCUUCAAGCUCUGAAGCUCCUCUCUCAUGGACAAUCAGACUGAAAGUGGCUCAAGACGUUGCUCGUGGCUUGGCGUAUCUACAUGAAGGAAUGGACUAUAAGAUUCUUUUCAGAGAUUUGAAACCCUCCAACAUUCUCCUAGAUGAUCAGUGGAAUGCUAAGCUUUCAGAUUUCGGAUGGCUUCUUCGUCGUCAAGGUCUCGCCAAUGUCUCAACAACGCAUCAGGUAACAACAGGAUACACAGCUCCAGAGUACACUGAAACAGGGUAUCUCACAUCCGAAUGUGAUGUAUGGAGCUACGGGUCCUUCUUGUAUGAACUUAUAACGGGUAGUGUGCCAUUGGCUAAGAACCAACCUAACGAACUAAACUUUUUUAGAAAGGGUGAAAGCCUACCUAGACUCAAAAAGAUUCCGGCCGACAGAUGCUUGUCUAAAAACCCCAAGUCAAGGCCAAAGAUGAGCGAAGUCAUGGAGAUGGUUGACAAAGUCAUUGAAGGUCCAUCAAAAGCAAGCAUUCUUGAUACAUGUCUUGGGAGUCCGGUUCGAGUGGUUUCUAUAAAGUUGAAGAAAGUCUUUAGGUGUACCAUGAAAUUGCAAUAA